CGAUGGUUUGACACCUGUCAUCAUAAAUACGAACAAAACUUACAAGAAUAUUGCGUAUUAAUUGUAAAAUUACGAGAUCUUAGUUUAAAAGAAGUGUGAUCUAAACCAACCAGCUGCAAUCAUGUCCUACGCAUAUUUGUUCAAAUACAUUAUCAUUGGCGAUACUGGCGUCGGAAAAUCAUGUCUGCUGCUGCAGUUCACGGACAAGCGCUUUCAGCCCGUGCACGAUCUGACAAUUGGCGUGGAGUUUGGAGCACGCAUGAUCACCAUUGAUGGCAAACAGAUCAAGCUGCAAAUCUGGGACACAGCAGGCCAAGAGGCUUUCAGAUCAAUCACCCGCUCGUAUUAUCGUGGUGCUGCUGGGGCCUUGCUGGUGUACGACAUCACAAGGCGUGAGACCUUCAACCAUCUGACCACAUGGCUGGAGGAUGCGCGCCAACACUCGAACUCAAACAUGGUUAUCAUGCUCAUUGGCAACAAGAGCGAUCUGGACUCGAGGCGUGAGGUAAAAAAGGAGGAGGGCGAAGCAUUUGCCCGCGAGCAUGGACUGGUCUUCAUGGAGACAUCAGCGCGCACAGCGGCCAAUGUGGAGGAGGCCUUCAUCAACACCGCCAAAGAGAUUUACGAGAAGAUACAGGAGGGAGUGUUCGAUAUAAACAAUGAAGCCAACGGCAUUAAAAUCGGCCAACAGCAUUCACCCACAAACCCCUCGCUGCCUGGAUCUGGCGGUGCAGCUGGCGCUGCAAACAGUGGCUGCUGCUAGGAGUAAGCGGCAGAUGCCUGCCAGCAACCUUUGGGGAUAGACGUAGCCGCUUGUGUAAAAGCUACUCUAGUGACUAACUAAUAGGAGGUACUAGUUGAGACACGGAUAUCUUGUUUUCUAACUUCAAAAGUAAACUAACCACAGGCAAAUCAAAUAGCAAAGACAAACACUAAGCGUAAUGUUUAAAUCAUUCAAAUUCAACAGCAAAACUACUACACUACACUUUAGCUACGUUUUAAUUAAAAAACCAAACAGGAUGCAAAAAACCAAAACGAGAGAAUCGAAACAAAUAAACCAAAACAGAUAACAGAUAACAUAUAAACAUUUGUAUGCGUAAAUGUGUGUCGUGUCGUGCGUGAUUUCUAAAUUUUAUAAACUUUAACAAGACAUGCAUAUAUAUAUAAAUGUUUUUGUGUACUAUAUUAAAAUUAGUUUGCUAGUUAUGUUUGUGUAAGGACAGAUCAGAUGCAUAGUUAUACACUGGGUAAUCUGUAAUAUAUAUAGACACACUGAAAAUAUGUGAAUUUCUCUCAUUGUGAUUUGUUUUCAGUGAGGCCCUGCAACGCCGCGCCACGUCCCGCCCCAUUUUGCAAUGGGUGUCUGCCGCCUGCCGUGCCCUUCCUCCCAUCUAAAUACCUACAUAAUUAUAUGCAUAUUUUUUAUAUAUUUCCUUCUCAACGCAUUUGCUUUGUUUCGAUUUUUUUGUGCAAUCGGCUUUACAUUCAUAAGUUUAGACAAAAAUAAUAACAAAAACGAA